UUCGUUCCGUCCUCCCAUAUUUUUGGGACUGGUGACGCUCCAAACAACCCGAAGUCGCUCUUAGCAACUGGCACCCGAAUCGCGAGUUAUUUGCAACCGACGCAUUUCCUGAGGGAUGGAUUAAAUCUGCUGUUUCUUGCAGCAAGAUGUGACCGGAGAUGCUUUAAGCAACGGUGACGGAUGGACAGCCUGUAAAGGAGUGGCGCGAGGUCCCAGCCCAUGCUUUUGUUUUGGGGAUCAACUCUUUCUGGGUCCGGAAGAGGGGCGAAUCCCUGCUAGGUGUCGGGAAGCGAGGGGAGCGGGGAGCUGGUGUCCGCACGAUAAUCCGCAUGUGUAUGUCUGCGGGGAUGGUUCCCAAAUUAGAGGAAAAGUUGCGGAAUGUGAGGACCGCCCGGAGCCAAUAUCGCUGCAGAUUCUGGACGUAAAACUUUUUUUGGACAGGAGCCGGCGGGUGGGGGGCGGCGUGUGUUUUCUGCGCUGCUUGCCGACAGGGACCCAGCCUGCGAUCGGCCCGAACUUUGGCCGUAUGAGAAGGAAAAGAAGCGUCGGUCCGAGCAGGCGACACGGUGGGGCUCGACCGCAGGCGGCCGGCAGAUAGCUCAAUCCGCGGUCGGUAUCCGCUCUUCGCGUUACCGAUUAGCGAAGAGCAGCCCUUAAUGCCUCUAUACAUAACCCGCAUUUUGUGUCGGGGGGCUUCCCGGCCAUCGCGCCUCCCCGCAGCCGUUUAAAUCCUAAAAUCGUCGAAGGUGUCUGCAGCCACAUCUGCCCCGGCUUUGGACGUUUUUUCUUUGGAAAUACGGUGGACCCAGGUGCCGUUUUGCAGAUCUGGGACAAUAAUUUAGCACCCAAAGGGUCUUUCUAAAGCCGGUUAAAUGCUGUCUGUUCCGGGGGGGCUUUGUUUUGGACUUUUAGAUGAUUUUUUUGCUGGAUCGUCGCUCUGACCGAAACCUGCAAUUAUGAUGAUACUGAGCAGAAAACCAGAUGGCCCGAUAACAGCAGUUCGACACGCCGAUGGCCUGUACGACUCCUACAUGCGUACCGACCAUGUUGUGAAUGACGACAUGGACGCCGAGGGCAGAAGUCCCUCUGGAUUGCCCCCUCUGCCCAAACAUACAGCUGGAAACAAGCCCGUCACCAAAGACCACCAGCAAACGGCGAUCCACAAAGGGCAGGUAAAGGUGAAGUAUUUGUAUGAAGACUCCUACAACCGGAAGGUCAACGGUAGCAACCAUGGCUCUGGGUCCUCUAAGCCACCGGCCACCCUGUUGAAGGAGAGGGGUAUGGAGAGCAGUAGCUCCACCAAGUCCGCUGACAGCACCUCCAAGCCCUGCAAGCCCGGUCCAAUCACUCCCGAGCAGGCCCUGAAGAUCCACCAGCAGCAUCUGACUCCCCUAGAGCAGCAGGAGAUCUAUAACUACCCUGAAAUCUACUUUGUGGGACCAAAUGCCAAGAAACGGCAGGCAGUAGCUGGUGGGUCCAACAAUGGGGGCUUUGAUGACGACCAGGGUAGCUACAUCCACGUGCCACACGACCACUUAGCCUUCCGCUAUGAGUUCCUCAAGGUCAUCGGGAAGGGCAGUUUUGGGCAGGUGGCCAAGGUGUACGAUCACAAACUCCACCAGCACUUGGCGCUGAAGAUGGUGCGCAACGAGAAGCGCUUCCACCGACAGGCUGCCGAGGAGAUCCGCAUCCUGGAGCACCUCAAGAAACACGAUAAGGCGGGCGGCAUGAACGUUGUGCACAUGCUGGAGAACUUCACCUUCCGCAAUCACAUAUGCAUGACCUUUGAACUGCUGAGCAUGAACCUCUACGAGCUCAUCAAGAGGAACAAGUUCCAAGGCUUCAGUCUGCCGUUGGUCCGCAAGUUUGCGCACUCCAUCCUGCAGUGCCUGGAGGGCUUGCACCGGCACAAGAUCAUCCACUGUGACCUGAAGCCCGAGAACAUCCUGCUUAAGCAGCAGGGCCGGAGUGGCAUCAAAGUCAUCGAUUUUGGCUCCAGCUGCUUCGACCACCAGCGCGUCUACACGUACAUCCAGUCCCGCUUCUACAGGGCACCUGAGGUUAUCCUCGGAUCACACUACGGUAUGCCCAUUGACAUGUGGAGCUUUGGCUGUAUACUGGCCGAGCUGCUCACGGGGUACCCGCUCUUUCCCGGUGAGGACGAGGGAGACCAGCUGGCCUGCAUGAUGGAGAUCCUGGGUGUGCCGCCUCAGAAGAUCUUGGAUCAGGCGAAGCGGGCCAAGAACUUCAUCAACUCCAAAGGUCACCCACGCUACUGCAGUGUGACCACACUUAGCAACGGCUCGUCGGUGCUCAAUGGUGGCCGCUCCCGUCGGGGCAAAAUGAGGGGCCCCCCAGGGAGCAAGGAAUGGUCCACGGCCCUCAAGGGUUGUGAUGAUCCCACCUUCAUCGACUUCCUGAAGAAGUGCUUGGACUGGGAUCCAGCCACCCGCAUGACCCCCAGCCAUGCGCUUCGGCACCCCUGGCUUUACAAGCGCUUGCCCAAACCAGUGUCCGGGGACAAGACCCAGGCUCCCAAGCGGAAUACAGAACACAUCACCUCCUUUCCCAGCAUUGUGUCGAAACUCCCCUCAACUGUGGGGCCCGCCAACAACAAACUGAGGACGAGCUUGAUGGGGGACCCUGCUGGGGGUAUACCUUUGCGCACAGUGCUACCAAAACUGGUCUCUUAGGCAGUUGAUAUCAGGGCGAUGGACAUAUUGAUUGUGUGACACUCAUUUAAUUCUAUUUUUAUUUUACAGAAUGUUAAUACUUCAGGUUUUGAUUCAGUUUAGCGAGGCAGUUAAAAAAGAAAAGUUAAAAUAAACUGACAGAUUUUUUUAUAUCAAGCAAUUUUCAGAUCAGCUGGUUUUUCUGAGAUCCUUUGAGAAGAUGCUGUUAAUUUUUGUUUUCAAUGUGUCAAAUAUUAGACGUGUGGGUUCGAUGGUGUCAUUUUAAUGAAAACUCAUAACCCUGGUUUUUAAGGGCUGAAUUUUAGAAUUUCAAGGGCUAAAAAAAGAAUUGUAAAUAAGAAACUGCCUGAAUCAUGAAAUUUAAUUCUCAUUUUACAUUAUUCAUUAGAUAAGUGAUGAUUUAGAGAAAUGCUAGUAAUAGGCACUCGUUUGGUUUUUAAAUUUUCAUCAUAUGCACAGUGGAGAUUCAAACUUUAAAAAAAAUAUUCGUUACAUGAAGGAAAGAAAAGCAAAUAAACAUUUGAGGUGGCGUCGUUUAGCAAUAAAUCCGCCCCGCGAGUCAUUAGUGCUUGUUUGGUUUUCUGAUAUUGAAUGAUGGCCUUGUAUCUUGAAAGCGAGCCUGAUGGAAGCGGUUUCUGGCGAGAAGAGCCGUUUGGUGUCUGUCCGUUUGGUGAGUGACAGGCAGGAUGCAGAAUGGGAUUUGAGGAAAUCGGUGUGGCAACGCUGAGCACAACCGGGUUUGGUCCAGAAAGACAUGAUCCGCACUCAUUCUUGUGACGGAGGGCUGGCUGCUGCCAGUGGGGAUCAGAAUCACUGCUUUACGUUUGUGCUUUUUUUUGCCACCUGGGGCAAUUUUCACUGCUAGCUGUGUUCCCGCCGUGUUCUGACGCGACCCAUGUGAUUGACUAGGGUGUUGUCUUAGAGACUCAGGGCAGAAAUGGCUGAUUGGAAGUCAUUUGGACCACACCCAUGGGUGCGGCUGCAGUCGCAGGCUUUGUCCUGGCUGUGCUAGUUUACUGCCCCCUGCAGGGCAGUUUAUUUGUGCCUGUCCCUCAGAGCGAUUAAGGCCAUGGUUGGAGCACCGCUAAACUGUGAACUGCAGUAUGUAACGUCCCACGGGCUUAGCAAGUGGUCAGGGGUUCCCCUCCCCACAAAUGGCACCGUUGCAGUUUCUGCUGGCUGCCAAACACAGUUGUCAGCUUGGCGGUGGGCGGCUGGUAACUGGUGUAAUAUGACGGACAGCACGUUCCAUCAGCCAUGUGUCACAGAGCCUUUUUAGUUUUAAUGGGAUACUGUCCACCCCCCAUGACUAAAUGGCAGAGUGAAUCCCGAGAGAUGGGUCCGGGGGGCUGAUUUUGCUCAUUUUACCCCUCUGCGAUGUCCCCAGGCUCAAGCGGUGCGGUCCUGGCUGGGGAUGGUGACUGGUGGCUGGAGCUCGAUGGCCCGGUGCCCCCUUAGCCUCUGGGCAUGACACUUCAUCCCCUAAAGAUCCAAACGGCUCUGCCAACAAAAGGUUGAUGGCCUCAAUUUUAGGGGCAGAAUUUUAACAUUUUUUUAAAGACCCAUCCACUGAGAAUGUAGCAUGUUUUUGGGGCUCUUUAUUUAUUACGAUGGUAAUUUAUUGUAGUGGUAGUGACAGUAGUAGCAUCAGUACUAGUAUGUUGUUGUUUUUGAUGGUGUUUGUUGUUGUUGACCUUUGCUAGACUCCAAAAAAUGAGUGAAUGACUGGGUGGGGCAUGGUGCACUGUGACGUGUUUGGCUUGGAUUGCCUGCUGCACCCCCUCCGGGGGCCGCGGAUCAGCAGAUGGUAUGCAGGGAGCGUCCCGAAACGUCACCCUUUCCCAGGCAUUUGUCUCCACCCCCUCUGAAGGGAACGGUGCUGUCCUGCAAGUAAAGCAGAACCCCUCAUUCUCUACUCAGGUGUCAAACUCACUCCUCUUGAAGAUUAAUUAUCCUAGGUAAGGGUCAGCAUCUCGGUUUUGUGCAGUUAAGACAAACCCUAAUGCUCCCAGAUGGCUUAUUUGUAAACUGUUUCAUUUGAGCGUAUAACUGGGUGCUGUCUUCCUUCGCCGUAACAUGGUGGGCCUGUGGGGAUGCAGUCACCCGGAAGUCUCAGCGGGGACACUGGUGUUACUCGCCGUAAAAGAACGUAUUCCAUGACAUACUGACUGCAGCCAAGCCGACGUUGGCCCCGAUGCUCAGACCGCUUUGGGGCCAGACCACGUAACUGAAGCGCUUGUCCCCAGAGAGAAGUGGCGCCCCCUUGUGCCGAAACCUCCUUGGGGCUCCUGCUCUCUUUCACCCCCCCCAAUGUGUAAGGUCCCUGUGCCUUCAGUCUUACACCUUCGACAAUGUCCAGGCACCGCGACUGCCAAUCUCCUUUUGAUGUUAAGUCAGACUUUUGUACCCGUUCUUUUGUAAGUUUUUAUUGCCGCAGAUUGACGGGCAAUUUUUAGCAUAUGAGUAAAGAUGAAUGUACCUUGCUAAGAUGUUAAGGUGUUUCUAUGAUUAUUUGCCCUAGUGUGUGGAGUGAAGAUUGGACAUUUCAUGGCAUGUAAAUCAUAUGUUUAAAAUAGGACUGAUGAGACUUGCAUAACGACAAUUGUGUGAAGUAACCAAUGAGCUUGUAUUUAGUUUUUUUUUUUUUAAGAAAUAAAAUAAUUAUUAACAUGC